AUGCCUGGUGGUAAAGCUGGAAAGGAUUCUGGAAAGGCAAAAGCUAAAGCUGUGUCCCGAUCGGCUCGCGCUGGACUUCAGUUUCCUGUCGGACGUAUCCAUCGUCACUUGAAAACGCGAACGACAAGCCAUGGGCGGGUUGGAGCUACUGCUGCCGUGUAUAGCGCUGCAAUUUUGGAAUACCUGACCGCUGAGGUUCUGGAGUUGGCUGGGAAUGCCAGUAAAGACUUGAAAGUCAAACGUAUCACACCUCGUCACUUGCAGCUGGCCAUCCGAGGAGACGAAGAGUUGGACUCCCUCAUCAAAGCAACAAUUGCAGGCGGCGGUGUGAUCCCCCACAUUCACAAGUCCCUGAUCGGAAAGAAGGGGUCUCAGAAGGCAGCAUAA